AUGGGAUGCUUCAAAGUCGGUCACACCGUGAAGUGGCUGGCUGGCCUCUGGAUCUUGCCCCUAGACAUUCCCUGGUGCGAGCUUGUCAGCAACGGGGAGAAGGCAAUCUGGAAAAUUGGUGCACAAGCACAGACACUUACUGAGACUCUCACAUCAACCAGCACCUCCCGCACUGUAAGCAUCACCAGCUCCAGCUCUACGCGAUCCGUCACCAGCACAACAAGCAUCACUUCCACGACUCGGCUGUCAACUACUACCACCAGUUCCUCUCAACCUCCCAUUCUACCAUCUCGUGUCAGCCUGCUGGUGGAAUUUGCUCCCGGUAUGGCCGAGAACCAGACGUGCGAUAGUUUGAGCUGCAGAGAGGUUUUGAUUCCUGCGGGGCUGCCGGUUCUGAUACUGCAGCUCCAAUCUCCAGAUGUAAAUUAUGACUGGGGGAUCCAGCCCCAGUUACUCGUUACUAGAGGCCAGCUCACCAUGCGAUCGGCAAGAGCCGGGGCUUGUGUUGAGGAGACAUCAUCUGUUCAUUCGGGCACGUACCUUCGACUGCUGCCGGGCAAAUGGGCAGAUGGAGGUGUGGAUGCCACAGUGCAAAGUGGUAACUUGCAUCCUUCAUCCAUUUAUAUGCCCUUGAUUUUCAAGGAGGGCGGUGACUAUUCUCUUUGCUUUACUGAGGAUGCGAUGUUUGGUUUGGGUGGUCGUGUCGACCUUGUUCCCAUCACGAUACGAGUGCGGGGUGCAUACAACUUCGCUUGUGGCAGCUCGCCAUGUCUAUCUGAGCGUUCUCAGUACUGUCACAUCCUCCAAGCUUCCUACAGUCCGGCAGGUGCUUGUCAGGUGACUUUUGAUCAAACAGCAGAGCACUCUUCGGAGCAGGGGGAGCAGGGAGUACUGGGAAGUGUUGAGCAGAUGCGAAUAUCGUGGUCCGAUCCAUGGCAGAUCACCCACGGCUCCGAUGGUACUGUCUCGGCUGUGGAAAAUUUCAGUUGUCAGAGCCGGUCUCAGACAGAAGCUUUUCUGUGCUUGAAUGCAGAUCGUUGUGACCUUGGAGACGACUCCGUCCCACUCAACAGCCAGGCACUUGCAUCCCUUCCUCGUGCACGUGGCGAUUUGGCGAAUGAAUCCUUCAAAGCCUACACAAUUGCCGUGUGCUUGUGUCCUAUUGUUGGAAACUGUUUGGAGCCAGAGUUCUUCGUUCAAGAAGUCGGCGUCGUGCACUUUUUCGCUGCAUUUCUUUGCUUACACUCCGGAGAUGCGGAACAUGAGGGGGCUGCAUGUGCCGGGUCAUUCUCGUCAGUAGUUGCGUUCUAUCCGAUUCAGAUACAUGUGCUUUGCCCUGCCGAUGUGUGUAAGUCGGUUCCGGACCUGACUGGAUCCCGCGUGAAGCUCACAUCCCCAUCGCCUGAUAAUUUCCGUGCCAGCUGGGAUCCCAGCACGGGCUGCCGGACAGCUUUGCAAUCGCCCUUGCAGACGCAGCCACCCAAUUGCUUGGAUCCAUCCCAUUGCACGGUCUCCGGGGGGAUUCGCCAGGAUCUAAAACGCUUCGGAGAAGGACCAGAGGGUCCUUUCAAGUUUCUGGGUGAUCGACCUUUGCAUGGCCAAAGAGCGUUCCACUCUGCAUUCUAUUUGGAUAUUUGUUUUUGCUUGUACGACUGCAGGAGUAGGCUCGCCGUCCCGAGCUAUUUCAAAGUUGGAGAGAUGUCCAUUCUUCCGUUGCGCUUGCUUGGUGCUAGCCUCCUGCUGCAAAUUCCACGAAGAGUCGGCGCAGUGCGCCUGCAGAGGUCGAUAGACACUUCAGCGUCUUUUCAGCCACCUCCGGAGUCCAUUCCCCCAGCAGGGACACGACAAGCCUACUUGAAGCUUCUUGGAGACGAUGGGCAUCAGGUGCUUGAUGAAGAAUGCGGUCGCACACCGUAUGCUUCGUUUUUGAACCAGUCCUCAGCAGAAUUCUUCCUGCUAGCAAUCUCCAACAACAUCUCGUCUGAGCUGAACGAGGCCGGGAUUCAGGAAAGAUUCCGAGGCCAGCCAGACAUGGCGAACACUUCCCACUUGGCAUUCGGAGGUGGCGACAGUGAAGGCAUGAUGUUUCUGCGCCCAGGCCGCGUGGCAGUUUGCUACUGUGGAGUCGAGGAAGGAGGUUGCCCACUCGCGUUCUGGAGGUUGUUGACGCACUUGACAGUACGAGGUCCUAAAGUUUUGCAGGACCUUACACCAUAUCAACACUGGACCGUAAGCUCAGAUGUGGUAUUCAGUCUGCAGCUUCUGGGAUGGGGUCUUGUAAACACGGAUCAGAUCUUGAUCCUGCAGCCAGGGGCGUCUUGCACGGAAGAUGUGCUGAGACUGGAAGACUCCGUUUUGCGAAGUUGCCCGAAGAACUGCAGCGAAGCUGGGGGUCUUGAAAGCAACUCUAGUGACAGUUCCGGUAUACUUCUCCACGUUCUGAGCGACAGCAGCGUUCCUUGCGGUGGAGCAGCGGAAGAGCUUGGUCUUUGCCCAGACGUUUUUGUUGAGGCGAUCGAGGUUCGCGAAACAGGGACUUUCGUGUCCUUCAGCUCUGCACCCGGGCUGGUGACCGGGGAUGUUUUGAGCCUGGGCGAACAGGCAGCCUGCUCCACGGCAAGCCUUGCCAAUGGGGCGUGCACUGUCGAAGACGAAGAAGAACUCCGAGGUGUCCUGGCUGCUGCGGGAUCGUCAAGUGGAGCCGGUGAUCAUGACUUCAGUGGCUUCCCCGGUGAUUCGCACUAUCUUGUGGGAAGGACAGCCAGGUCCACUCCGGACGAGCAGACUUUCGUGCUGGAUGCUGUAUGGCCUUCUUCACGGUUGCCUGUAUUCGAGAUCUUCGGUGCCGGACAGUGGACUCGGCAUAGCCAGGCGGAAACAGCCAGGGAGCUUCGAGCUACACAUGCAGCAAGUCAACUGCCUGUCUGCUGGAGGCCUUGGAAUGGCCCAGCUGUGAUGGCUGGCAGUCUCACCGUGGAGGAGCCAGCUGAAGCAGAUUGUCAGAUUUUCCUGACGGCCACCGGGAGACAUCAAGCUGCCCCGGUCUUGAUCACAUACCGCACAACCGACCUUGGCGGGCAGGAGGGCGAAGUGAGCCAAAUGCGCCUGGAGUUCCCGACUGCAUCACUGCUCGGUCUUCGAAGAGCAACAGACGAUACCGACGUCAUGGAAGAGCUUGCUGGAGAGAAUUCCGCCGAGGGGUCGAAGCAGACAUGGUGCGGCUUUCUUUUCAAGGCUGGUUUCAGCCAGGCAGUUCGACUGGACAUGAUUUGCUGGCUGAAGGAGAUCGCAUCAGACGACGUGGAUGGCUUUCCACUGCCUCAUGGGUGUUACUUGCAGCGUGCGACUGCAGAUUCAUGGGCUGUCGGCCUGGUAUUUCGCCCUGGUGUCAUGUUGAAGCCGCAGCAGCGGUACCACAUGGUCUUGAACGGUGUCAUCGGGCAAUUGGCGCAGAAAGGGGAUGAUGUGCUUCGAGUACUUGUUAUGAACAAUCUGGAGAACAAACCUUUCCAUGUGGCCGAGCGUGGCCGCUGCCGUCUACAGACCAGCCCUCAGGAGCCAGCAGCAGCUGCUGGUGAACCAGACUUGCAAAACUGUCCCAUCCUUGGAGGUGCAAACGGAAUUCUGGAUUUGGGAUCUGGGCUCGCUACAUUGCGCUUGCAACCGCAAGCGAGCAGCGCACUUCGAGCAAUCUCAGCUUCCAGUCAUCUGAGACUCUUCCUGUGGCCCCUCAUGGGAUGGCACCUCCGAACGGGCGAGUGUGAUGCCAAGUGCAUUGAUCACACUGGCUUCUGUGGCCUUGCGGAGAUGUCUUGCAGCAGUUUCGCGGUAAGCACGACGUGGACUCGGCCCAAUGCCGUAAGGAUGACACUGCCGAGUGAUCUGGCCGACAUUUAUGGGACCAUCCAGAACAUCUUUGAGAUUUCCAACCUGGCGCCACCUACAGGAGGGCUGUUCGCCGGACGCUGCGGCAUACAGAUCAGUUUACCCAGCGAUGUGGCUCCGUCCUACAGUGCUUCUUCCGGUGAUUUCAUCUACAGGAGCCCCAGCGCCGUGGCUGGUUUGCUCAGCACGGCUGGAAACGAACGGCCUUUCCAAGCGCAAGAAAGCAACGUUCUCUACGUGAAGAUCCGCUUGGGAGCGACUCUGCUUAGCGAGUUCACCGACUUCGCCGCGACGCUGGAAAUUCAGACUCCCAUGGGCUACAGAUGUUCUGCGGCAGAGGUUCCAGAAGCGCUCACGGCCCUCGUCGAUCAAGGAAGCCUACUUGGCAGUCUCCAGGAAGAUGGUUGGAGCAGCGGAUCACGGAGCUGUUUCUUCAACCUUCGUGCCGGAUUCGCUAUUUUUGCGGGCAGCUCCUUUAUGGUUCGGCUCAGAGUUAGGAACCCCACAAGCCCUCUUCCGGGCGAUGAUCCGAUGAACGUAUGGCAUCUCGGUCUCGAAUCCAUGGGCUCCUCGCCUUUCACCCGACGCAGCAAAAACGUUUCCGAUGCGUUCCUAGUAUCUCAGCAGCUGUUUGGGGCGAACUACACAGCCUCCAUUGCCGUGCUGGGCCGUCUGACAGAUGUCUCGCUGCAGCCGCAGAGCUAUCAGCCCGCGCUGCUCUCGUUGCAGCCAGGUGAUGCUUCCCUCGCUGGCACCAUUCUCGAAGUUUUCUUGAGGACCGCACAGAUGCUCCCUGCAGGUGGCACGGUUGUGCUCCAGGCUCCUCCUGGUUUCGAUUUCGGUAUCGCCUGCGAUGUCUCGGACCUUCCCAAGGGCGGCCACUAUUAUUCGAAAGGCAGGGCUGGAGAAGUGACAGGGCGCCUUCCGUUUCUGAGCUGCGCCGGGCAGCAGAGUCAGCAGAGUGAGGCCUUCCACGGCUUUGAUGCGGCUCGGGUGAGUUUGGAAGAGCGCCUUUUUGUUGGUGAAGCGUACGGAUUUCAGAUCCGGGUAGUUCCGCCGAUUCUCGGCUUCGCGGCAGACGGCGACUGGUCACUCUUUACAGAAGCGGCUGCCGGGCGGAUGGAUGGCAGUGUCGCAAUAUCCUCUGCAAAUGGUGGCUCCUACCAGCUCUACUACCGAGAAGUAGCUUCAAUGCAAGUUCACAUCUCUGACCUGAAGCCUCGCGAGUUGACCGGAAAGGAAGCAGUGCUUCACCUACUCUUCCGCCUUGGCGGAAUUCCUCUCAACAGCGUCUUGAGAUUGACGGUGCCCGUUGGUUUCAUCUUCAACUUCCCUGACACGAGCUUCAUCUCAUCCGCAGGAAAUGCUUCUGUUACAUCGCUUGAGGAGGCACUUCAGGUGCCGGGUGCCACUGUGGACUGGCCGGCAGGACUUCCUCAGCAACACCUCAAUGUUCUGACUUGGUCGAGUGCCUUCUACAAUCCGGUGGAAACGUACGGUUUCUUGGCGCCUGUGGCUGUUCCGUCAAGAAGCUCGACUCAGUCCAGCCAUUCCUUCGUUUUGGAAGUGGGUUAUGAUGAAGAAGCAAUGGCUGCAAGCUGGGAACUCCUCCGCACAACAGGAUGUGCCUUCCAUUGCCAAGUAACAUCUUCGGAGUUGCCAUUUGAGUACUCUGAGUCGCUUGCUGACGCGAGUGCAUUGCAGCGCCUUCGCGAAAUCUGCCGCGAAGCCUGUCUGCUUCGACAUGGCUGUGCUGAGAUCGAGAUCACAUUUACAAGCUCCGAUGCUUCGUGUUCCCUCUGCUCCUACUUGUCAUGUGAACAUGUCGAGAGAUUCGAUGCCGAGCUCCAUGUGCUUGUGUCAUUGACUCGACCCGCCGCCUCUGUACGGCCAGCUCCGCUAGUUCGAGCGCUUUUGGAUGGUGAGGUGUCCUUUCGCACUCAGCGCGUGGCAGCAGUGAGCGUGGUGCGUUUUCGAGUCCGACUGGUCACAACUGUGCCAGCUCCACGAGGAGCCUUGCUCAUUCAAGGCCCAGAGGGCUUCUUUUUCUCGGAGCAGUGCCAGCCGGUCGACGUCCCUCCUGAGACCUUUGACCGCUUUGCUCUUCGAAGCAUGGGCGAUGGAGGAAUUGGGUGCACGUUUUUCCGUCUCUCCGGUGUUCCUCGUAUUCAGCUGCAGCCUGGCACCUCCAGCCUCCUGGCCGGCCUCUACCUCUUCGAGCUUCCGGUGCAGAAUCCGGUUUCGCUCAGCACCGGAACUGAGUUGAGCUCGCAGUGUGGAUCUCUGCAGUGCUGGUCCUUCACGACUGUGGAGGAUGCUUCUGCCAGCAUCCUCCACGAGCUAGACCAACGUCUCGUCGUCGCUUCUCCUCCUCUUUUGGAGAAGAUGGCGCUUGCCGGAUUGCAGGAGGUAUCGGUCGUGCAGAGAGUCGCAAGUGAUCGAAAUGAUCAACCUGAUGCUGUGAACAACCUGAUCUUCUUCUUCGCCCUCAAAGUGCAACUAGUCCAGAGCACAGCAAACAUCCAACUGACAGCUCCAGACGGCUUCGUCUUCUCUGAUGACUGUUCAGAAGGUUUCUUUGUGUCCGAAGAUGCUGUUUUUGGAAGUGGGCAGACAUUUCCCACUGGCUUUCAUGCACUUCCUGCCGGGUCAACCGUGCAGUGCAUCGGCAGGGGGGAGGUUGCAGAAGCGACCCUGGCGCCAGCCUUGCUCGCCGCCAACACCAAGUACGCCUUCCGAAUUCGAGUGACGAAUCCACCGGUGCCACCAUCCUUGAACCCUACCUGGAGCUUCACCCUGGCAAAUGAAGCAAGUGAGCUUUUCGAUUCCUUCCCACUCUGGCAGAUCCAGGGACUCUUUAUUCCAACAGCAGUGCCGGCUUCCGACGUGAAUGCUCAGGCCUAUCAGUCAUGUUUGUUUGUUGCAGCGAGUUCUCUGCAAAUGCCACCAGUGCGGGUUCGAUUCCAGCCACGAAGCGCUUUCCAAGAGUUGCAGGUAGAGGCUCCUCAAGGCUGGUCAUUGCUGCCCGAGCUUUUCUGCGCUUUCGGACUCGAUGGAUGGGCCGUUCGCUUCGAUGGUUCGACGGGUGGCAACACGACCUGUGCGGCGACAGGUAGGCAGCUUGUGGUACGCGUUGCUAGCACAGAAGACUCCUGGGCCGGAGUCUCCUUCUACGAGCUCUGGGUCGCAGCAGAGCCUCCGCCCAUCCCCGCCGACGCGGCAGUCUGGCGCCUUCAAACCUUCCGGUUGGAUGUGCCAGCAGAUGCAGAAGUUAUCAGCAAACUCAUCUACGACGUGGGGCAAAUUUCCGGAGUUCGCGUUUAUCAACGCAUGGCGAGUUGGGCGGUCAUCAACAGAGGUAACGAGUAUCUUGGCGGUACGGUCCUGGACCUGACGCUCGUCGUUGGUUUUGCCAGUCCGAUCGUCGCACAUGAUGAGCUGGUACUCACGGCCCCAAGUGGCUUCAACCUGGCGGCAAAUUCGAUUUCUGGCGAAUGUUUGCAAGCACAAGUUGUCGCUGGCGACCUGACAGAUCCAAGCACGUGUGGCCAAGAUGCAAGAACUCCACUGACGCUGGCGAACCAGAGUGCUUUCUGCUCAGGGCGCAGUUUGCACUUGCAGAUCAACUCCUCAUGGGUGGAAUCUCUCGGAGACUCCAUCCAGGUGCUGCUUCAGGCGGUCAGCGCAUCCCUACCACCAGCUGAGGAGGAAAACUUCUGGUCGGCAUCUCUGUGGCGGAACGGCUCGAUAGUAGAAGGUAGCGAUCUAAUGUCUUGGCGCGUCGUUCCGCAAGUUCAGCAGCCUCUUCUGGAGCCAUUGGUGGGCGCCAGGCAGGCCGCUGGAGCAUAUCCUGUCGAGCUUCAGUUCUCCUUCGUGAUCCGAGCUGCUGCAGCUCGAUGGUGCCUCAAGGCUUUGCAGCCGGCAGCUUUCAACUUCUCUGCCACAAGGCUGCUUUCCGCAAGAGAGGAAAGCUUUCUUCCAGAUGACACAGGUGUGCAGCUGGCAUUGCAUGGAGUGAAUCUUCUCAACUCGGUUGCUGGAGAAGUGGGCAGUUUUGCUUCUAUGCGGCCAGACAGGAGGUAUGUCUUCUUGUUGGCGAAUGUUGGGUUGCCUGCGGUCGCUGGCACUGUGUACUUCGAGGCUCACACCUAUGAUUUAUCUGGUGACCUGAGCAACAGCGGCAAGGCAGUGGAAGCUUUCACUGUGCUGGGGAAGGUGGAGGUGUCGGAUCUUCAGGUCUUUCCCUGGCUGCAGGACACCGUCCACGAGGCAGCAAGAGUGAUUCUUGACCGCUUGCCUCCACGACCGGGGGACCAGGCUUUGGUUCACCUUAGCCUGUGGCUCCGUGCCAUCCCCGGACAAUAUCUUCGUGUUUCAGCUGGAGAUUUGUCUUUGCAGGAGAUGGUCUUGAAAGAUGCUCAGUCCAACAACCAGCUGAGGCCGUCUACGGUAGUGCCUGCCGUAGGCAGCACACUCGUUGCCGAGUUUUUGGGGAAUGUGAAUGAGGUGAAGCAUGAGCUGGAGGUUCAACUCGCUCUUCCGGCAGACUUGUCAGGCGGAGCCGGUGCCGCUCCGAUCUGGCGAAUCGAAGUCUUGGAAGACGACUGGGACACUGCGAAUCGCAGUAAUAACGUUGUGAGCACGAAUGAUGGCGACUUCGCUCCAGCACUGUUGCUGUCCUAUGCCUUUGCAGUAUCGAUCUCUCCGGUGGCAGUGGCUCCAAAUUCGGAGGUUGUCCUGAGUGUCAGCAUCGACCCUAGCGACGCGCAGAUCACGCAUGUAGAUCUGUUGGCACCACGUGGAGUCAUAUUCCCGACGAAUUGUUUGGCGGCAUCCAGUCGCAGCGUCCUGAGCUGCUCCGCAGCGCAGUAUGAUGCCGGGAGAAUGCAGCUGACACUGACGUUGACGGUAGCAGCUACCAUCGAACGAUCUGUCAUGGACAUUUCCAUCAAGGCGCAGAAUCCUGCAAGCACCGAUCCUGACGAAUGGAACCGGUGGCUUGCAAUCGGGCGUUCUGGAGAACUGCAGGUAGGCUGGGCAGAGAGCGAUUCAGACUACGGAGUCGCCUCGAUGGUCGCAUCAUUGGAUUACCCAUCGGAGUCUGGAAAUCUAACCGUCCUGCUCGUCGUGGAGGUCUCCUCACGUGCCGUUGCAGAUCUUCAAGCGUCUGGUGCUGGGGCAUUGCUUGAGUUGCGGUACCGCGGCAACUCCGGGGCCACCACUUCCAGUUCCAUGGGGGACGAAGCUGGCUCCAACCAAACUCCGUCGGACAUGGCAGAGCAGGUGCUGUUUCGUUGUGAUCUGGGUGAUCCACCAGAGGAUGGUGGCUGGAGACAGGAAGGUGUAUUUUGGUAUCGGCUGGGUGGCUGGAGUCAAGUCGAGCUCCCACCUGCGGCAGCUGUUACCAUGCAGCCCUGCAGUGCGCCUGGAUCCUCAAGAGUCGUGUUUGAGAUUGCGGACUUGACACCUGGGGUCCUCUCGAUGACCAUCGAGGCCGUCCUGUCCCUUUCCGAUAGCGCGAGUUUGGACAUGAACGCAGUCGCUCGCUGGGACGUGACAUUGUCGGCUUCUGGCGGAAGUAUCGUUGACAUGUACCCUGGCCUCGAAGCAGAGGGUUGGUGGGGCAGAGCUUGGGCCCUCCGGCCCUUGCUCCUUUCCUGGGAGGGUACGAGUUCUCCAGGUGCCCAGGUCCCUGUACACGUCUUGUUUCGAAAGCAAGAUGGAGAUGCUCCGCAGAUGAUCUGUCUUGGGUCUCCGUCCAAGUUUGGAGGAGGAGCAGACUCGGAUGCGGGAUUCACCAUUUCGACGCUAAGUGGCGGCACGAUGACUGAAAGUUUGGGGCUCUUGCCCGAUGGUUGGGCAUGGAUUACGGAAGCGGAGGUGACGACUGCUAGCGUUUGCCUGGUGACAGACGCAGCAAACAUCACAAACUCACCUGCUGGAACUCGCUUUUCGUUUACUGUCUUGGUGUCCUUGCCAGACGAGAGCAAGAACUGGCCUGUUGACGAGCUUUGGCAUCUGCACUUCUGUCGUCCGACGUGUGGCAACUCCUCCAGUGGUGAGGCAGACACCUUUUACCUGUCAGGCUUCUUGCCGGGCGAGACGUACCCGGGCUGGGAGCCCGUGCAGACCAACGGCAAGCUUGAAGGCCGAGGUGUGGGGUUGGCAGCCUUGGUGUUCACAAUUCUCGCUCUUCACCAGUAUGUACAAACGUAG